AUGGAGUUUGGACCCGAUGGCGAGAUUAGCGUAAGGAUUGGGCAGCUGCCGCCCGUGAUGGCCUGGUUGGUUCGUGCACACAAGUUCUUUCGUCGGGCGCUAGAGCUGCUACAGGAAGUCGGCAAGACGCUGUCCGUGUGCAUCACGGGUCAGAUGGGCCGUUUGGAGCUCCAGUCCAAGAUCGCGCACGUCAUAAAACCCGCCUCGCAGAGCGGUAUGCAGGUGAUUGUGAUGCUCGUGCUCGAUCCUCGAGCGGACACACAUUUUGUUCAUAGAGGAGGCCUCGAUGUGGCGAUUGGGCCCUACAAGACCUUUUCGGAGUUUACGGGCCUGAUCCCGGCCCCGGCCUCCGUGAUCUACGAGCCCUUCAUUCCCAAGGACCACCCGAUUGUGCCUGGGUACCUGGAGGAGCUCCGCAAGGAACCAGGUAAUCCUCGCCUGCGUGCCUUCUCCCACAUGCGACAGUGGGAAGCUCUCACCCGAUGCGCGGAGCUGCAGAAACAUCUGGAGCCAGAUUUAACGCUGAGGCUGCGAGAGGACACGUUCGUCCUGCGCACACUACACCCAAAGGGGGACGCCGAAGGCGUGUAUGUGCCGCAGUGCCGGCCAUGUGGUGGCCACAAUGACAAGGCGGCCAUGGCUGUUGGUGCCGAUGUGGCCUACAGGUACUUGACCACCCCGCUUCGUUUGAUGAGAUCUGACUUCGACUUUAUCCGCAAGCACCACAAGGCGCAUUCCAAGGGUGCAAUGGGGCCAGAGGCUGUCCUGAUGGAAAGCCUAUUCAAGGCGAACAUCACCGCCUUUCCUCUGUCGCCGGACAACCUGCCAAUGGCACCUGCCCGGCACGCCAAGUACGAGGGUCAGUACUACUACUGCUUCUACCGCUCGGUGCAGGAAUGCAUUCCUGAGGCGAUGCUGCGGAAGCUGAAGGCCAAGAGCCCCAAGAUUGACGGCGUAGCAAAUCAAAGUGUUGCAUGCACUCCCGUCGAUGCCUGA